CAUAAAAUUAUGUCGGAUACCUAUGGAAUUAAUAGUAUAGAGGAAAAUAGUAACUUAUAUGAAUUAUUAAAAAACUGUGUCAAUUUUCAAUCAUACGAAAGUCUGCCAAGCGAAGAUUACAACGACGUCGUAUGCGAACUACCCGAAUACCCCAGCACUAUUUACUUGGAUAAUUGCCAGAAAAUGAUAUCGAGCAAUAAUGUUUAUUCCGUUAGCGGUAACAUUUCCAAUGGCAGUUAUAGCAGUGAAGAUUCCCUGGGCGACAGCAAUAUCCUUGAAGAAAAUGGACGAAUAUCAUUGGCCUAUGAAAAUCUACGCACCAUUCCCCGACGUAUUGCUGAGAAAUUUGCAAUGCAAACAAAAUUUUUAGAUUUAAGCUAUAAUAAUUUUCAGAAUUUAUCAUUUUUGACAUUUUUCGAAGAUUUACAUACGUUGAUAUUGGAUCGCAAUACUAAUUUGGAAGUGAAUUCACUGCCGUUUUUGCCUAAUUUGAAAAUACUAUGGAUCAAUAACUGUGAUAUUAAAAAUAUUGUCGAUUGGAUACAACGUAUACGAUCACAAUGUCCCGCCUUGGAAUAUUUAUCGAUUAUGGGAAAUCCAGGCAUAAAGGAGCCUUUCAAUUAUUGCUCCCUGAAUGUCUACACUAUGGAUCCCCUGAUAUUACCCGCCGGUAUGAUAACCGAUUAUCGGGAAUACAUACUACAAAUGUUGCCAAAUCUGGAAUAUCUUGAUGGUAUACCAAGAGCAAGUCUGACAUCAGCAACAAAUCACAGCAUUACAAAUGGUGGCCAUGUGAAUUCAUCAUCCUCGCCAGCAAGUUCAAGAGGCAAUGGUUCAUCGUCCCACAGUCGAGAUAAUCGUAAAAUUUCACCUUCAUUGAGUUUCAAGGAUCUCUUCAGAAUAAAUCGUCGCAAGAAAUCAUACCCAAGUUCUUCAACCAACUGAACUUGAAGUUCAGAGGAAAAUUUUUCUCAUAGAUUAAUAAAA